GAUACAAUCUACGGUUAAGCACUCUGAUUUCUACUUGGGAAAAAAAAAAGGCAUGCAUUUGCAGGAGCAGUUGGUACUUCCUAAUAUAUGUACACACCCUGCUGAACAGGAAGGUGGAACAAGCUUUCAGUUUCAAACCGUACAUUUGCAAGGGCAAGAGAGAAAAGCCAUGGCCAUGGCAGACAGGUUCCUGAAGUCAAAGAGGAAGGUGUUUAUCCACUCAGUGACCACUGGCACGAUAAAUGGCUUGUUGGAUGGAUUAUUAGAGGAAAGAGUGCUGAAUCAGGAGGAGAUGGAGAAAGUAAGAAAUGAGAAUGACACACCUAUGGAUAAGGCCCGAGAUUUGUUUGAUUCAGUCAUUCGGAAAGGACACCAGGCAAGCCAAAUACUUAUCAAUCAGAUUGUUGAAGUUGACCUGCAACUGGCUGGCAAGCUGGGGCUCGCCUCAGGUCCACAAUCAGAAAAUUGUCAUAAUACACAAGACUCUCAAGCAGAGAUACCACCCAUUCCAGCUCCUGAGGCAGUGCAAGGCAACCGAGGUCCAGGAGGGAGUGUCAAGCUUUGUCCUGCAGAAAUAGCAGAAAGAAUAAGGAAAGAAAAGUCAGGAGAGAUUUACCCAAUGAUGGGAAAGGCCACUCGCACACGUCUUGCCCUCAUUAUCUGCAACAUAGAAUUUGAGAAGCUUUCUAGAAGAGCUGGAGCUGAAGUUGAUAUCAAUGGUAUGGAGAAGUUGCUAGAAGAUCUGGGAUACACCGUGGAUGUGAAAAAAAACCUCACUUCUCUGGACAUGACUACAGAGCUGAAGGCAUUCGCUGCCCGCAAGGAACACAAGACUGCUGACAGUACUUUCUUGGUGUUCAUGUCUCAUGGUAUUCGAGAAGGCAUUUGUGGAAAGAAACACUCUGAGGAAGUUUCAGACAUAUUAUCCAUCAACACUGUCUUUCAAAUUUUGAACACUAGGAACUGUCCAAGUUUGAAGGACAAACCCAAGGUGAUCAUCAUCCAGGCCUGCCGUGGUGAGAAUGAAGGGGUGGUGUUAUUAAAAGAUUCAGUAGGAGAUUUUGGAAACAGCUCUUCACAGGCUCCAGAAGAUUUUAAGUAUGAUGCCAUUAAGAAAGCACAUGUAGAGAAGGAUUUCAUUGCUUUCUGCUCUUCAACACCAGAUAAUGUUUCUUGGAGACACCCCAAAAAGGGCUCACUGUUUAUUAUGAAACUCAUUGAACAUUUGCAAGAAUUUGCUUGGUCCUGUGACCUGGAGGAAAUAUUCCGAAAGGUUCGAUUUUCAUUUGAGCAACCAGAUGUUAGGGUACAGAUGCCCACCACAGAAAGAGUGACUUUGACAAGAUGUUUCUACCUCUUUCCAGGACAUUAAUAUAAGAAACCAGGAGUUCUGUCAUUCUCUUCCUGUUUUGGGAAUUAUUUCAGCAGGAAACAGAUAUUUCUUUAAACAUUCCAAUAAAUCUGAAAUAAAAAAGAAAAAAAA